AUGGGGUCCCUUUUUGAGAGGUUAUGGCCGGAUGCGCAUUGGUGGCUUCGUGUCUGCCAUUUGGAGCAUCUUGUGGAAUUCAGCUUCCUCAGGCUUAUGCUUUUCAUCGGCAGUGUCAUAUCGGGAGUUUUUGGGCUGACCUGGCUCCUGGAUGUGGUGGAGCUGCGAUGCUUCGAGAACAAGCCGUGGACCCAAGAGGGUGCAGGCAAGUACACCUGUUCGGUAAAGUUCCUUGGCGGCUUGAUGAUGUUGAUGAUGUUUUGGCACUCCGUCAUGGCACUGGUUCACUUCGACAAGAAUCUUGAUCGGUUAAAGCAGGACAGGAAGAAGUGCAUUGACGACAUGAACAGCCAGAUCGGCGUUGCCCUGACCCACGCAACAUCUCAGGCCAAGAGGCUAUGCGAGCUGCUUGAGAUUCAGCUCGUGCAGCAGGUGCGAGGCCACAUUCACAAGAUGCGCAACAUCCUCCAGAAAUGCGAGCAGUUCUGCCCGGAGGAAUUCAACAAUCUUGUUGAGCUGAUGGCCAACCAUCUCCACCAUCUGCGCAAGCCGGCAAUGAAGAAGUUCGAGAAGUUGGUUCUGGCAUUCAACCAGGAGGCCGUCUUCUACGACUUGACUCAGACACUGAGGCAGCAGAAGCAGACGAGCAUGGUGAAGCUCCUCACGAUACAGAGCGAGCAUGCCAGGAGCUUGCAGCUACCUCGGACGAAGACGGCCCAUGAUCCAGAAGCGGCUCGGCCGCUGCUGGAUCAGGACCAGCAGCUCGCUCAGGGCCUUCAAUCGUGGUGCAGCUCUGUCUACAGAGGAUACAGAAAGAAGCGACGAACGUCCAAGACAUCUUUCACAUCAAACCUCGCACAAGUCGCCUUUUCGCAUGACGACAAGCUGAAAGAGCUACUGCGGGAGCCGACUGAGGAGGACAUGAGAAGCAAACCAGAGGCGGUCCUCCUGCGACCUGUGUCGCUGGUUCUGAACUACUUCGAGAAGAUCCAGCCGUUCGUGCACGGAGAGCCACUCCAUGCCGAGGACGAAGAGGUAACCAUCGGAACUCCGUCCCAGGAAGAGAACCCCUACAGGCAGCAGGCCAACAAGGUAUACGUACAUUUGACUGACUCGCCUUUGUGUGUCAGUGUCCUCGUCGGUGUUGUCUGUAGCGUGGCCCUCCUCCUGUUCCACUUCCACAUGGCAGUCGUCGUGCUCCACGUGAUUCGAACAGGCGAUCACUGCUCUUCUUUGGGCAUGUGGUCUUGCUCAAUGGAACUGGUUCCGGUCAUUACUGUGAUGACAGGGAUGUUAUGCCACACAGUCUCUCUUCUGGUCAUUCUCUGGAACGUCGACAAGCUGGAUCAAGUGCUUGAGCUGACCGAGGACAUCAAAGAGUUCAAAAAAACCAAGGACCAGAUCGAACUUUUGAACAAGAACGACCUGGCGGACAAGGAUUUGGACAUGAACACCCUCGAGGAUGCGCAGAAAUGCUUGCAGGGACAGAGCGGAAUCGUGGAGGAGUUCUUCUUGAGGCAUACAGGCCAGCAGCUGGACGCAGGGGACUUCAGAAGCUUUAUGCAAGAGCUCCGGGACGCUUUGCCAUGCGAUGAGAAGCCGUGCUCCGUCACGACAAGCCGCGGUGGCACCGAAUACACCGUCUACACCGCUGUGCCAUCGGAGGCUCAGGAGCGCAGUCGCAGCCAGGGCAUUGAUUUUUCCCAAGUUUUGCAGUGCUUAUGCAGAGCUUACACCUUCUCAAUGACUCUAGCUUUGAAGCUUCGCCACUUCCAGUGCCCCACUCAGAAGCAGGGGGGGCCUUUGGAAGCGGCCUCCGUGGAAUUCACGCAAGGCGACCUGGAGCUCCUCACAGCCGAAGUGCAGCGUCGCAUGCGCAGCGAGCAAAGCGUGUCCUGGUCGUCGGGUACAGAGGGGCUCUUCCCAAGCAGGCGGAUCGCGACAUUGAACUCUGCGACGAAACGGGACACAGACCCCAUGUCAGGCGACUACUCUGGCCUGAAGCUCUCCGUGGCAGAGUGCAAGUCCCUCCUCCAACGACGGGACAUUCAGAUACCACAUGUCACCGAGAAGUCGGAUCUGCUCCGCGCGCUUCACGAGACGAACCCGCACGUCCCAGGAGCCCAAAGUGGCACGGCGCGGAUUUCGAGCAAGUGGAAACGAUGCUACGUCUAUGCCGAGCUGGACAGCAAAAGACAGCACAUCGCCGAGGCAGAGGUGGCGCACUUCCGCUGGCGGCUGGUUUACCACGGCCGGCCAUCUUCCAUGGGCCUUAGACACUUCCAGAAGAACGGUGUCUUCGUGUCCCCACACUUUGGGGAGACCAGGUGGUCCUUACUCCACCGCGGUCGAUUUUUCGAGAUGCAGGGCAUCGACCCGCUUCAGGUGAGCAGAAACGCUGACAAUUGGGGCUGGGUCAUUGGCGCAGAGACCAGCACAGAAUACCACUCGGCCGAAGUUGAACAGGAUCUUUAA